UGCUCCCACAGCGUACCAGUACGUCCCCCCACCUGCCUGCAGUCUACGGGACAGAGAACUCUGGGAGGACAUCAGACGAGCCUCACAUACUGCUCUGAUGGACAGGAUGGAGCUGGAGACAAGUGCGAAAGAGGCAGUGUGUGACAUCAUCACACGCAGAGACAACCCCUUCCUUAGCCCAGCCUCCCAGCGAGAGGAAGAGGAGGAGGGAGGGUAGAGGUGUUAAGGUCCCAUUACCCAAUAAGACGAAAGAUGACCUCGCUAGAAGGAGGGGACAUAAUAGGUCACGCCCAUCUCACAGAGACGGACCAAUGAGCUUCGUCCAUGCCUCCAUCACCCAGUCAGAUCUGGAGAAAUGGGAGAGACUCAAGAUGUCUGAACCCAGUGAGUCUAGCCCCUCCCCUGUGUGUCAGGCAUGUCUGGAGAAAGGUUCCGGAACCCCUGACAUCAUCUCUAAGGCGACGGGGUCAAUGCGAGGUUGUUCUAAGGUUGUGACCUUUGGCGGCGUGACAGAGCUGGAGGAACAGCCAAUCAGCUCUUCCCGGGAAGGGGAGGAGUCUCAGUUGUUACGGCGACUGCUGGCCAAGGCAACCGUUGCCAUGCCGAUCAUCGCGCUGGGCUCCCAGCUCUCCGAGCAGCAGGAUAGCCAUAUGGGCGGAGUAGACACUGCACAUACCCCGCCUCCCAACCCUGGCCCCUCCCCCCUGAGCCCAGAGGCUCCUCCCACCCUGUUGGAGCUAGAAGCCCGUCUGGCGCAGUACGAGAGGAGAGUGAGAGAGGAGGAGGAGGAUGGAGGGAGAGAUGAAAGGAAGGUUCCGGACCUUCAGAAGGAUGACAUGAUGGCCAGGAAGACAGGCGCGUUCCCCAGGACCCACAACACCACGACAACAUUCAACCGCUUCCUACCACUGCCGGGUUCCAAACGCCCAGCACAGGAAGUAGUCACAGACAGGAAGCUACAGCAAUCCAGGGUCUCCAUGGACAUUCCUCAACAGCACCCCAACGUGGCAAUGGUCGUCAGGCCGCCCGUUCCCAGCCAUUGUAACUAUGAUGAUGAUGAUGAGGAUGAGGAAGAGUGCCCUGUACCAGACCUGGAGAAGGAUGAUAUGUUGGCUCGUAGGACCAGGGCAUACCAACACAGCGCGGGGAGAACCGGACGCUCCUUUAACCUGUUCCUGCCUGUCCCUGGAGCGGCCCAACAGAAGAACACCCCCUCCGAUGGACCCAACCAACUCUACCAGAACACCCUCUCUGGUGGACCCAACCAACUCUACAAGAACACCCCCUCUGGUGGACCCAACCAACUCUACAAGAACACCCCCUCUGGUGGACCCAACCAACUCUACCAGAACACCCCCUCUGGUGGACCCAACCAACUCUACAAGAACACCCCCUCUGGUGGACCCAACCAACUCUACAAGAACACCCCCUCUGGUGGACCCAACCAACUCUACCAGAACACCCCCUCUGGUGGACCCAACCAACUCUACAAGAACACCCCCUCUGGUGAACCCAACCAACUCUACAAGAACACCCCCUCUGGUGGACCCAACCAACUCUACCAGAACACCCCCUCUGGUGGACCCAACCAACUCUACAAGAACACCCCCUCUGGUGGACCCAACCAACUCUACCAGAACACCCCCUCUGGUGGACCCAACCAACUCUACCAGAACACCCCCUCUGGUGGACCCAACCAACUCUACCAGAACACCCCCUCUGGUGGACCCAACCAACUCUACCAGAACACCCCCUCCGAUGGACCCAACCAACUCUACAGACACAAACAGCAACCCAGCAGUGGCGUUUCCACAGCAACAGGAACUGAAGCCCCGCCCUCUAGAACCCCAACCAGGAAGUGUCUCGAGGACAACCCCUAUCUCUCCUCCCCCUCUUCUCCCUCCACCCUCCUCUCCUCCCACCCCUCCUCUCCCCAGCUUCGUGGUAGGGAAAAAAGGAGGGAGGAGGGGAUGGAGAGAGGGAAGGAGAGAGAGUUGGAGAGAGGAGAGGAGACAAAGAAGGAUAGAGGGAAGGAGAGAGAGAUGGAGAGAGGGAAAGAGAGAGAGAUGGAGAGAGGAGAGGAGACAGAGAUGGAGACAGAGAGAGAGAGAAGGAGAGAGGAGAGGAGACAGAGAUGGAGAGAGGAGAGGAGACAGAGAUGGAGAAAGAGAAGGAGAGAGGGCAGGAGAUAGAGAUGGAGAGAGAGAAGGAGAGGAGAGGAGACAGAGAUGGAGAGAGGAGAG